CCGGGGGGGGGGGGGGGGCAGCACAGGGGACUCGGAGUAAGAAAGCGCAAAGUCCGCAGGACGCGGUGAUACUCCCGCUAUGACCGAUUGGAACGAUGGUGGAGGGUGGGAACGGAGAGGGUCUGCAGGUACUCCAGUAUUGGCCAUUUUCCUCCUCUGAUCUUUAUAACUGGAAAAAUAACAACCCUCCUUUUUGAGACCCUACUCGCCUGACGAGGUUGGUCGAGUCACUAAUGUUUUCCCAUCAGCCCACCUGGGAUGAUUGCCAGCAGCUGUUAAAAACCCUCUUCACUUCAGAGGAGCGGGAGAGAAUACUUCUGGAAGCUAGGAAAAACGUCCUUGGACCGGAUGGGAGACCAACGCAGCUCCAGCACCUCAUUGAUGACUCUUUCCCCUUGCGCCGACCUGACUGGGACCCCAACACGCGAACAGGUAGGGAGCAUCUGUCCACCUAUCGCCAGUCUCUAAUGACAGGACUCCAAGCUGUGGCCCGGAAGCCCACUAAUUUGGCUAAGGUAAGGGAAGUGCUACAGGGACCAGAAGAGACGCCCUCCAUGUUUCUGGAAAGAUUAGUGGAAGCCUAUCGUAGGUACACCCCAUUUGACCCCCAGUCGGAGGGGCAAAGAGGUUCGGUGUCUAUGGCUUUCAUAGAACAGUCUGCCCCCGAUAUCCGCCAUAAGCUACAGCGCUUGGAGGGGCUCCAAGACUUGACAUUGCGGGACUUGGUAAAGGAAGCAGAAAAAGUGAACUAUAAAAGGGAGACAAAAGAAGAAAAAGAGCAGCGAAGAGAAAGGGAACGAGAGGAGAAGGAGAAGCAGCGGGCAGCUGAGAGAGAGGAGCAGGAGAGAAAAAAGGAACUGGAAAGGGAGGAACGGGAGAGUGCCAGGGAAAAGAGAAGAAACCGAGACUUAGCAAGAAUUUUGGCUGCUGUGGUAGAUAACCGAGAAGGUAGAAGAGUCGGGCCAGGCUGGCGGUGCCGGCCUCCCUUAGACCCAGAUCAAUGUGCUCACUGCAGGGACAAGGGACACUGGGCGAGAGACUGCCCCAAGAAGAAAGCGAUGCCGCCCAAAUCUAGCACAGCCACUGCUUUGGCCAUAAGAGAAGACUAUGAUUAGGGGCGUCGGGG